AUGGAAACUACAUCCUCUGCGUUCAUCUCUUCAAACACAGUAAGUUUUAUGUAUCACUUUUUGCAUUGUUCUCAUCUCUCUCAUUCUCUGCCAUUGAUUUCAGCAUUGGAGAUUCACUUGAAUCUUAUGGUUGAGCUCUUUGUGAUGAUUGAUUUUGAGUUUGAAUAUAUUGAAUUGAUGUUAGAUUUUAAGUCCCUUGCAACCCCUGCUGUUAUUGCAGAGGUGAAAUAUUCCGCUGCUUCUUUGGCUGCUCAAAGUCUAUUGCUAAGCACCAGCUAUACAAGUAGAGGUUCUGCUUGUAAAGAGACUGGGCACGUGCUGCAUCAGAACUCUAUAAAAGCUGCUGAAUAUAGUUUAGACAAUGUCAAGCCCUUUAAGGAGGGUGACACUGCAUUGCACCUUGCAGCAUCAAGAGGAUUCAAAGAUAUAUGUGAAUGUAUAAUUGGAAUGAAUGGUGAAAGGAAGUAUUUGAUCGAUAUCGAUAACAACAAUGGAGAGAGUCCUUUGUUUCUUGCUGCAUUGUCUUGGCAAAAACGAACGUUUGUUUAUCUCUUCAACUUUAAACCGAGUAAGAGUGAUUGCGAUGUUGGUGGGAAUUAUUCUUAUUCUAAAGAUCUUAUUAGAAGCAAUGGAGAUAGUAUUCUUCACUGUGCCAUCAGGAGAGAAUUUUUCGAUUUGGCGCUUAUAAUUAUAGAUAAAUAUCCGGAUCUUAUUGUCAUUGCGAACAGACAUGGAUUUAGUCCUCUCAAACUUCUUGCUACUAGGCCCUCAGCAUUCAAAAGUGGAUGCAAGAUGAUAUGGUGGAAGAGGAUUCUAUACCACUCUGUCAAAUAUUGUGCCAUGAAACAAUAUGAAUCAAGCUCACACAAGAAAUGUCCAAAGAACAAUGACACAUGUUAUCUCUUUCUUCAAAAAUGUAAAGAGUAUGCUUAUCCACUUAUACCCUUUGUUAAGCGAGUGCUGAUGAAAGAAACUACUUCUACUGCUGCAUAUGGAUCUAAAAAUAUUGAAGAGAAACACAAAGUGUUCCAAAAUUAUCAACAUCGCAAUAUAUCAAUGCAAUCUAAACACAAACUUCUUCCAGAAAACUAUGCUACAUGUCUUUGGUUUAUCAAGUUUGCAUAUAUCUAUACCCUUGGCCUUUCAGGAGUAGGGGUUGAAGAAAUCAAAAAGAUGAAACAAAAACACAAAUGGAGUGGUCAACUAUUGAACAGAUUUAUGGAGAACGCUUACGAAUCGUAUUUGGGAACCGACACCAAACCAAUACAAUAUCUGAGUGGAACAGAUUUCAUUUCUGCUUACAAGCCAAACCAAGGAGAAAAUAACAGUGAGGAAUGUGAACAUAUAAUCCGUAUAGCCAAGCCUGGUAUGAGUAAGUCUUCUGUUGUUGAUAGUGAAACAGGAAAGAGUUUUGACAGCAGCAUUCAGCUUAACCCCUUAGAAAAUGGUAUGAGUUCUGUAGCCUUUGACUCGUCGCUCUCACUUUUGCAAGCAUUCGCCAUUUGCAUUGCAUUAGUUGAUAGCAAGAUGCCAUGUGAGCUUUCUGGAACAAGAAAGUCGCAAACCGAGGAACUAAAGGCUUUUGGUAAAUUAGAAGAUAUUCCUACAAGUUAUGUUUCUAAUCCACCAGUUUCUCCUGUUGGUAGGGUCUAA